GAUGGUCUCGAAGAGGGUGCUAGGCCGGUAAACUGGUCAUUCUCCAGAAAAUGGGCCAUCGUUGGGAGCACGUCACUUGCCACCUUUGUCGUUUCCUUUGGCAGCAGUGUCUACUCUGCCGCAAUCCCACAGAUCCAAGCCAAAUUCAGCGUUUCCAGGGACACCGCCCUCUUGGGGAUUACGCUUUACGUGCUUGGAUUCGCCUUUGGACCGAUGGUCUGGGGCCCAGCAUCGGAGUUAUACGGAAAGAGUCGACCCUUAUGGAUCGGAUACUUUAUUUUCUGUGUUUGUCAGCUGCCAUGUGCGCUCGCGGAAGACUUUGCGUUACUGUUAACCUUCAGGUUUCUCUCCGGGCUAGCGGGGUCCUCAACUCUGGCAAUUCUCGGGGGCAUGUACGUCGACUUUCUCACCGACCCAGUGGAACGCGGAAUCUCUACGGCAGUUUUCAGCGUGGCUACCUUUUGCGGGCCAACCGUCGGCCCGAUUCUGGGAAAUCUCGCUGCAGUGAGGUUAGGAUGGCGAUGGACUGCGUGGCUCACCCUGAUGGGAGGCAUUUUCUUCGGAACUGUGGCUUUUUUGCUCACACCCGAAACUUCUGAGGUGGUGAUACUACGCCGGAAAUCCCGGAAAGCGGUCAGUAGAAGCGGAUCGUCGGAAGAUGUACUAUCUCGAACACGUCGCACCGAGUCGGGCGUGUCAGUAUUUCUUCGCAACUACCUCACGAAGCCAACCAGGAUGUUCGUCCGUGAGCCGAUACUUGUGUUCUUCACCAUCUACAUGAGCCUCGCUUAUGGAGUCAUAUACAUAUCCCUGACCAUGUAUCCGCUUGCUUUCGUCACAUCUCGCGGGUGGUCCCGGAUCGACGGAAGCCUGCCGUUCCUUGGCAUAGUCAUUGGUGUGAUACUAGCGUGCAUAGCCAUCGCUAUGCACAGCAUCUUCUACGUCUCCCCGCGGCUCGAGGAAACUGGCAUCCACUUGCCGGAACGACGCCUGCCCCCAAUGAUUGCCGGCUCAGUUAUUCUAUCUGCCGGCAUAUUUUGGUUUGGUUGGGCCUCGAACCCGUCAACCCCCUGGCCCGCCCAGGUUCCGGCGGGAGUUCUCAUCGGCUGUGGCUCAAUUUUGGUCUUGAUGUCUGGUGUGGUGUAUCUGAUUGAGGUAUAUCUUGUCCAUGCCAACAGCGCUUUGGCCUUCAAUAAUCUUGUACGUUGUGUGAUAGCGGCGACAUUUCCUUUGUAUGUUACGGACUUGCUGGAGGAAGCAGGGUUGAACGUAGGUGGUUCGGUCCUGGGUUCAAUCUGUCUUGUUCUUUCUCCUAUUGCUUUUCUUUUCUGGCGAUUUGGUCAUACUAUCAGGCGUUGGUCAAAGUUU